GCGGGGCGAGCGCCGCGGGCAGGGCGAAGGAGGAGGGGGGGGAAGGUUCUGGAGGCCGCCGCCAUCUUUGCCGCCGCGUCCGGGGCCGCCGCCGCCGCCGCCGCCGCCGCCGCUUCGGGGUUCAGGGGGGGCCGGAAAAAGAAAUUCCCGGAUUCCGGGGGUUUUCCCCCCCCCCAAAAAUCCCCGGGAUGGAAUCGGGGGGAUCCAAAACUCUGCCGGACCCGGCCGACGCGAUGACGUCAGACGACUUCGACAUCGUCAUCGAGGCCAUGCUGGAGGCGCCCUACAAGAAGGAGGAGGCCCAGCCCGGCCCUUCCAAGGCCCCAGCGGAGCCGGCCCCGGCCCAGCAGGCGCCGCCGGAGGAGCCGAAGGAGCCCAAGAAGGAGAGCGGGAGCAGCAGCCGGAAGAAGCGGAGCCGGAGCCGGAGCCGCGAGCACAGACACAGCCGGAGCCGGGACCGGGAUCGGGAUCGGCGCCGCCGGAGCCGGAGCCGGGAGCGCCGGAGCCGCCACCGGAGCCGGAGCCGGGAACGCCGGAGGAGCCGGAGCCGGGAACGCCGGAGCCGCGAGGAGAGAGCCAGGCGCCGCUUCGGGCACAGCAAGAGCCCCCUGUACCGGGAGAGCCCCGGGAGGGAGCCGCUGGGGUCGCUGAGCCCCGAGGAGAGGGACGCCAGGACGGUUUUCUGCAUGCAGCUCGCCGCCCGCAUCCGGCCCCGCGACCUCGAGGAUUUCUUCUCCGCCGUCGGAAAGGUCCGGGACGUUCGGAUCAUCUCGGACCGGAAUUCCCGACGUUCCAAAGGCAUCGCCUACGUGGAAUUCUGCGAGAUCCAAUCGGUGCCCUUGGCCAUCGGCCUGACGGGCCAGCGCCUCCUGGGGGUGCCCAUCAUCGUCCAGGCAUCCCAGGCGGAGAAGAACCGGCUGGCGGCCAUGGCGGCGCCCCUGCAGAAGGGCUCGGGAGGCCCCUUGCGGCUCUACGUCGGCUCCCUGCACUGCAACAUCACCAAGGAGAUGCUCAGGGGCAUCUUCGAGCCCUUCGGGAAGAUUGACAGCAUCGUCCUGAUGCGCGAUCCCGAGACCGGGCAGUCCAAGGGCUACGGCUUCAUCACCUUCUCGGAGGCGGAGUGCGCCCGGCGCGCCCUGGAGCAGCUGAACGGUUUCGAGCUGGCCGGGCGGCCGAUGCGCGUGGGGCAGGUGAGCGAACGUCCCGACGGCUCCGCCGACGUCGCCUUCCCCGAGGGACCCGGCCCCGCCCCCGCGGCCACGCCCGGCCACGCCCUCACCUGCGGGGAGGAGCCCGAGCUGGGAACGGCCGCGGGGAGGCUGCAGCUGAUGGCAAAGCUGGCUGAAGGUUCGGGGCUGCAGCUCCCCGCCCCCGCCCAGGCCGCGCUGCAGCAGCUGAACGGGGCCCUGACCCCCCUGGGGGGGCUGAACCCGGCGGCGCUGACAGCCCUGAGCCCGGCGCUGAAUUUGGCUUCGCAGUGUCUGAGCCUGUCCGGGCUCUUCUCACCCCAAACCAUGUGAGAUUUUUGGCUCCGCCCCCUUUUCCUUUUCCCGCCCUUUUCAAGCCACGCCCCCUUUCCCCAGGCCCCGCCCCCCUGGUUUUGGCGGGAAAAGGGGGCGUGGCCUCGGCCUUGGCCCCGCCCCCUCCCGGCCCCGCCCCCUCCCGGCUCCGGAAUUUGGGGAAUUUUUGGGAAUUUUUUGGAU